AUGGCGACGACUCAGACAGCUCUUCAAGCUCCCUUCGAGACGAUUUCCCUCGAAAACAGGAGCCAGAAUGAAGAUGUCCCAGAGACUCGACGUGCGGGGCGAGUCUUUGAAGCUGACCCUGCAUUCACGACAAGUCCAGCAUCACGCCGACUCAUAAUCUCUUUAUUGGUCUGCGCAAACAUGAUCCAGUUCAUGUCCAAUUGUGUCACCAUCGUCGGCGGUCUACCGCUUAGUAAAGACUUGGGGCGUGAAUCAGGUCCCGGCAAGGCAAAUUGGAUGGUCGCUUCAUAUCCACUCACUCAAGGCGCAUUCGUCCUAGUGACAGGCCGACUAGGCGCUAUCUACGGCCAUUCUCAACUUACCCUUCUCGGCUGUGCAAUCUUCACUCUCUUCUCUCUCAUCAAUGCAUUCACCAAAUCAUAUGACUCUUUCAUCGCCAUGCGCGCUUUGACUGGUGUUGGUGGAGGCAUCUUCAUGCCCAAUGCCGUAUCAAUUAUCACCACCAUGGUUCCACCAGGUCGAUCGCGAAAUGUCGUUUUGGGGUUUUUUGCAGCGUCGCCGCCUCUGGGAGGAAUGAUCGGUUCGUUAAUCGCAGGCGUUUUUAUUGAUCAUGUCAAUUGGAUGUGGCUUUUUGUUCUGAUUGCUGGUAUUGCGGCUUUCAAUCUGGCGUGGUUGGCGUAUCUCAUGCCGAAGGAAACCCCAGUUGACAAAGGAGGACACAUAGAUAUCCCCGGGAUCAUCCUGGGACUAGGAAGCUUACUUCUUUUCAACGUAGUAUGCAACCAAGCGCCAUCAGCUGGAUGGAACGCGCCCUACGAGAUAGCCCUACUAGUUCUUUCUGUAGUCAUGUUCCUUACCUUUCUGCUCUGGGAGAAGCGUUAUGCCAAGGACCCCAUAAUGCCGCUGUCAGUCUUUCAAGCGCCGACUUUCACAGCUUUAGUCUUUGUUGUGCUUCUGAGCUAUAUGGCCUUCGGGAUCGGUCUCUGGUACUCGACAAGUUGGCAGUACCUCCUGCGUAGAAUAUCCGUCACCCAAAUUGGCAUCAACUGGGUGCCUUUCGGUCUAAGCUCUGUGCUUGCCGUUUUCUUCGCAGCGUGGCUCAUCCCACGCGUUGCAGCGCAAUGGAUCAUGGCGAUCGGUGUGACCGUCACGCUGGUCGGCAAUAUCCUCCUCGCGACCAUGCCGGUGCAGCAAACAUAUUGGGCGCAGGUCUUCCCGGCUAUGGUUCUCUACGGUUUCUGCCCCGACUUGGUGUAUGUAGCGGCACAGGUAAUCGCCAGUAACAGCGUCAGUCGUCGCCAACAGGGCGUGGCCAGCAGUCUGAUUGGAACCCUCAACCUUUACGGAAACAGUUUAGGUCAAGGCUUUGCUGGGACAAUUGAGACAGAGGUUGGUACCAACAACGGCGAUGAAGUUGGGGGUUACAGGGCAGCUCUGUACUUUGCGGCUGGCCUGGCACUGCUUGGCUUGGCCUUGGAUAUCUUGUUCGUCAGGGUGCCGAAGGAUCAGCGCGAAGGAUGGGAUGACCCGUCGGAGAGCGGUGAGCAAGAGCUGAAUGGCAUGACUACAGCUAUCGAAGGACGGGCCUCGCUACGGACUUGA